GGCUAAGGGGCCGGGACAGAGCGCGGCCCUUCCGGCGCGGGUCGCCAUGGCGACGGCGGAGCCGAUGGCGGCGGCGGGCGAGAUGGCGGCGCAGCUGUGGUCGCUGCUGGACGACCUGGCGGAGAGCGACCCGCAGGGCUACCGCCGCCUCCUGCAGCAGCAGCGCGCCGAGGCGCGGCGGCUCUGCGCCCCGCCGCAGCCGCGCCUGUGCGUGCGGGCCCGCCCCGCGGGCGCUGCCGCGGGGCCGCUGUUCGUUAACGUCUGCGGCUGGAGCAGGAUCCCGGCGCCGCGGGCACCCGCCGACCCCGUCCCCGUCAGCGCCGGGGCUCUGCAGCAGGUCGCAGAGGCGGCAGAACAUUACAGUGUUAUAGAUGUUGCCUAUAACCCAGAUGUUCUUCAGAAAGCAGAAGAAAACAUAGAAGAAAUGGAACACUUGAUACGUUUAACACUUAAAUUCACUGAGGAACGAUGCAGCCUUACUCUUUCACGCUCCUACAAUAUUGAAACGUUCAAACUGAAGGGAAGCCUGGAACGGAUGCAGCGAAGCCUGCAAGGAAAGCAGAUGCCAGCUCCAACUCUCAGCCAGAACACAAGGAAAGAACUGACUCUUGAUCAGCUGCUACAUAGUAUGGAAGUUGAGGACUGCAUCAAUGAGCCUGUGCUGCUGCAAGAAAGUGUUAAAGAGUCUAAAGUACAUUUGAUAGAAGAAAUCACCAGUACAGAAUUGCCAGAGGAGCUAAGUACACCUGUCUAUGAAAUGCUCACGGUGAAGGAUGCAAACAAGAAACCACUAAAGAUUGAGCUGAAAAUUGAAUUGCCUAAGGUUAGCUCUGUUUCCGAGUGUGAUCUGAGUAUUUCGAAGGAUGAUGUAAUCAUCGAGGUCCCUGAAAAAUACAAACUACAACUGGAUCUACCAGAAUUGGUGGAUGAAGAAACAGCUACAGCAGUAUUUAAUAAAGGAAAAGGGGUACUGCUCAUCACAAUGCCAGUUGCCAAGCCAGAACAUUGAAGACUGCAUUCUGUCAGGUUUAUGCUCACAGAUCAGAAGCCCAGAAUGAGAAUGCUGACUUUUACCUGGUGAUGACAGGUGGUUUUUUUGUUUGUUUGUCUCUUACCCUUCUGAUCUUCAAAGGUGAGUAUCUCAAAAUGCCUUUAGGAUUAAAGAGCCUAGAGUGUGGACAUAGAAAAGGAAGUCUGGAGAAAUAUUAGCACCACUGAACUUACAGAAAAAAGUUUUUAAAAAAGUAAACAAUCAAGAAAUACUUGAAUAAGUUAACAACUGUAGUAUUUAAGAAGCUUAAAUGCACACAGGCUUUACUACAUCAUUCAGUUUUGCCUUAAUAUGUAGCAACACAGUUGAUGAUUUUUUUUUUUUUUAAAUAAAUGCUCUUUGAUUACUGGAUUGAUGUGGCUAGAGUAGCUCUCACAUGUAUUUAAGGCUGGAACAACCACCAGACAUACAUCAUGUGCAGUUCUACAAGUUGUUCUGUGCCCCGUUCCAGUUCUUUUUAGAACAAUCCCUGCUGAUCUUAACUGGAAUAGGCUUCGUAGUCUUUUGAGUCACUACAUAUGCUUGAUCUCACUUUAUCAGUUUGGUAAUUUCAGGACGAGACCAUGAAACAACAGACCUGUUCUAUACCAUUCAAAGCAGCGUAUAAAGAAUCAAGGUUCAAGAACACCUAUGAGUGAAGCUAGGUAUCAAAAACAAUCUUGGAGUACUUCAGCUGGAAAACAAGCUGCAUGAGUUUACACUAAUACACAAAAUAACUUAAAAGCACUAAAUACUUUCAAAGACUAAUAAAAGUUAAUAUCAUUCAUGGAGAAAAGGACAUACAAUAGCUUAAAUCAUCUUAGUUUCAUGACCGAUUUGCUAUUACAUUGUUCUUAGGCCUUCUGUGCCAUGUAUGCACUACACCAUGUUCAUCAGAUCAGAAAUCAAACAAGUUGGUGUAGAGCUGCAAUUUUAAAAUAGAGGCUUACAAGAGAGUAACAACUCCUAGCUUUCCUUUUCCUUCAUUUCAAAGAAACUUAGGAGGCUGUAUUGAAAUCCCGUUCAGCAGUUAUAGCUGCAAGUGCAGGCUGAAAUACUGCGACUGCGUGAGCCGAGCCGGCAGGCUGCAGGCUGGAAGCAGUGCCAGAAGUCACUGUCAGCGCUCCAAGCACACACACGUGGAACUGGAACACUUCCCACCCCCAGAAAUCCUGAGUCUGACUGUCAUCCACAGAGUGCUUCCAGAGGAAUAACUAUUUAGCUUAAUGUUCAGGGGUUUCCCUUAGCCAGAAUUUGAGGUACUGGUGAACACAGCAGCAAGGAAGAUUCAAGUUCAGUGCUGCAUGGUAGUACAAGCACAGGAGUACUUAAGCAUGUGUUAUUUUUGAACAUUUGUGGUUACAACAUAGGAUUAAUAGGGGGAGUUUCACUACCAAAGGCGAAAGUUAAACAGCUUUCAUUGUGCAAUAGCAGUAUGACAAGCCAAAAGCAUUACAGAAGAGAAAAGCACUGCAGCAAUUUUAGUAUUUUGUCAAUCCCAAAUGUUUAAUAGAACACACAGGUUCACUAGAGCAAGUCUGGAACCAAGAUAUUUUAGAUCAUUUAAAAUAAAAACAAAAAAAGCACUUUUUUUGCUUAAGCCAGACAUGAAAACCAGGUAUUGUUGCAACCAGACAUUAAAUAGUUCCCACAAAAAUAUUUAAUUUCCACAAUAUUUUCCUUCAAUAUCUUUAGCAAAUUUGUACCACAGCUUUACACGAGAUGGUACUUAAUGCGGUAUACAGAAUAACAGGUCAGAUUUUUUUUUUUUUUUUU